AUGCGGGUGUGCGUCACGGGAGCGGCAGGCCAGAUCGGCUAUGCUCUCCUCCCCCACAUCUGCUCUGGGAGAACGUUCGGACCGUCUACGAAGAUCAUUCUCCACCUCCUGGACAUCCCAAGAGCUCAACAGGCGCUCAUGGGUGUGAAGAUGGAGCUUGAAGAUUGCGGGUUUGACUUGCUAGAGGAAGUGGUGGUAACCUCCGAUGCGAACGUGGCCUUCACUGGGAUCGAUGCCUGUAUCAUGCUCGGUGCAUUUCCCCGUGGACCAGGGAUGGAAAGAAAGGAUCUCCUGGCAAAGAACUGCAACAUCUUCAAGGAACAAGGCAGAUUGUUGAACGAGGUUGCCUCAAAGAACGUCAAGGUGGUUGUGGUCGGAAAUCCUGCAAACACGAAUGCACUUGUUGCCCAGCAGUGCGCUCCCUCCAUUCCUAAGGAAAACUUCACGGCCCUGACCCGUCUGGACCAUAACAGAGCACAGUCUCAGAUUGCUAUGAGGCUCAAGGUUCCAAGCUCUGCGGUAGAGAACUGCACCAUCUGGGGGAAUCACUCCUCCACUCAGUAUCCCGACGUCUCCAACUCGGUCGUCGCGACUGCGCAAGGCAAACAGAAGGUUGGUGACGUGAUCCAAAACCCCGGGUACCUCCACGGAGAGUUCAUCAAGGUUGUGCAGCAGAGGGGAGCUGCGAUCAUCAACGCCCGCAAGCUGUCGUCUGCCAUGUCUGCCGCAAAGGCGAUCUCAGAUCAUAUGCACGACUGGGUCGUGGGAUCGAACGGCAAGACUGUCUCCAUGGCGGUGCCCUCUGACGGGAGCUACGGGAUCGAGAAAGGGUUGAUCUACUCCUUUCCUGUCGUCUGCUCAGCGGGCAAGUACACCAUCGUGCAGAACUUGAAGGUCGAUCAGUUCUCGAGAAAGAUGAUGGAUGAGACGAUGAACGAGCUGAAGCAAGAGCGCGACACUGCCCUCGCUUUCCUCAACAAGGACGCCGACACCAUUGCGCGGUCGAAGCUCUGA